AUGACCGGGACCAAGGAAAUUUUGGGCCCCGAAGUGACCGAGGCUCCCGAAGAAGGGGCCGGGGAAACCCCAAAGGGAAGGCCCGAGGAACCCAAGGAAGUGCCCGAGGACCCAAGGAGGGGACCGAGGCCCCCAAAGGGAAGGGACGGGAGGAACCAAGGAAGUACCGAGGAACCCAAGGGAAGUGACGAGGAACCAAAAGGCCGAGGAACCAAGGAAAGUGACCGGGGAAAAACCCAAGGGAAUGACCGGGAACCCAAGGAAUGCCCGAGGAACCCAAGGAAGGACCGAGGAAACCAGGAAGUGACCGGGCCCCCAAAGGAAUCCCGGGGAACCCAAGGGAAGUGCCCCGAGGCCCAAGGGAAGUCCGGGCCCAAGGGUGACCGGGGAAACCAAGGGAAGUGA